CAAUGCCUCCUAAAAAAUAGAAAGAUGAUGGAGCAUAAAAUAAUGCAGCCAAGAUUACGAUGCUUGAUUUUGAAGCCAAAAGAUUAUAAAUGAGAAUUGUUGAGGAACAAAUGAGAGCUGAUCGUUCCAAAACAUAAGAGAUGCAGUUACAAUAAAAAUAUUUAAGUAUGGAUAAGGACUUCAAAGGAGAGAAGGAAAAGUUAUUCAAUAUCAGUACAGAUAUGAAUAGACAGUAUAAGCAAAUGUAAGAUGAAUUACUUAAAGAUAUCAAUGAAUUGAAUGCUACUGUCAAAGAAAAGGAUGAAGUUAUUAGUAAAUAUUUAUAUAUAUAUAUAUAUCUCUAGAAACCAAAGAAUAGUAGAUAACUGAUUAUCGAGCUAAUUAUGAAGAGAAAUUGAAGAAAAAGGAUUAGGAUAUUGCAGAAUUAAGAAAGAAGAUUGAUGACAUGUCAUUAGAAUUUGCAGAUAUGCUUAAAGAGACCCUAAAUAAAAUGUAGGAACGUAUAGAAUUGGCUUAAUGGGAUAACAAUUCAGAUAAUUAAGUUAUGAGAAAUUUUAAAGAAGCCUCAGGUUUUGGAAAUUGAAUAUGU